AUGGAUGAUGUUCACAGUACGGCCAGCAGUACACGUAGCGAUGAUAAGCGCGUGAAUGGCUCGACGAGUCUCCUCGAUCUACCGUUAGCCCCUGCCCCACCUCCUCCAGUUGACGAUGAAGGCUACACGAUAAGGGAACACGAAGGCGAUAAAGAAGACACGAAUUGGUCGUCCUGCAGUAGCAGCGAUGAGGACGAGGACGCUCUACAACAAUCGAAAAUUCGGAACUUGACGAUACGACCGGCCGAUUCGGCGAAGACGAUGAAUGCAUCAGUGGACGAGUUGCGCGACGCCAUCGGUCACAUCAGUAUAUGUAGAAGUAAUACAUUCGAUAAGGAUCCUUGGUCUGUUGGAACAAGUCGUCCCCCGCUAUUCUCACAAUCAUUAUCCGGUGGCAGUUUGAAGCCGUUGCGACCCUGUCAUACUGCCGAUGGUCGAUUUCGAUCGAAUUUCAACGAAUCAGAUUUUGGAAAAAGCAAUAUGCCAUUGAACUUCUCCGCUUCGAUGGGUCCUAUAGCUGGUAUGGCGAGAGCACGACCUCGAAGCAACACUCCCACUUACAACUCCACACUUGGUGUUGCCACAAUGAGGAAGGACUCGGUCGGUUCAACCGAAUGGGGAUCAUCCUUCGCGAUCAACAAUGGUGAUGGUAAUCAUUCCUUGGGCGAGUCGUCGUUCAAUCUUUCUCAGUCAACGGCGAAUCUCAUGCAGGCAACCAUAAGCGAGCAUCGGGUUCCUGUUGCUAUGGCUAUCAACGAGUACUCACAUGUGUGGUUCAAGAACGCUAACGUUGAGGAGUAA